AUGUGUAUUCGUACGUGUACUACAGACGGGGUGGAGCUUGAGGACAAUAGCUUAGCUAAGGUAGUGGAAAAUCCGGCAGCAUUGGGUCUGGACAGUUCAGUCGAAAUCCAAAAUUCAGCCGAAGUGAUCACUCAACAAGACCCAAUGAAUUCUGUGGAAGAAAUCAAGAAAAUCUCUGAAGAAGUUACUGAAAAGCCAGAGAGCCCCAAGCAGUGUCCGUUUGCUGCUCAGAGAAAAGUAUUUAAAGGCAAAGACAAAUUCAUCAAGAAGUACGAAGAAAUUAUGAAUCAGAAUCAAAAUUCAGAGCCUACUUCUCAAGAUAAUUCUACUCGUUCACAAGGUUUUUUGGGAAAAGCUGUCGCCAGUUUCAAAAAACUCACUGAUGUAAUCAGCUAUUACUGUAAUAUCAACCCAGAAUCGCGGAUCUAUAAAAUACUGUCUAAAACCACGCAGCCGGCUCACGUAAUAAUGAUCGGUGUCGUUCUGUACUUGUAUUCAAUCUUUAAUCCGAGUUCUGUAAACCAAGACGAAGAUUUUAGCAGUCCUCAUUCUGGUGUACUGUCAUUCAUUUAUCUUUCUUCUUUUAUAAUCCACAUUGGAUCGCAAUUUUGGAUGACUUUUGUGUCAGGUCUUUCGCUGUACUUCGCAUUACCAAGGCAUACAUUUAAUGACGUUCAACGUGUUCUGUUUCCUCGUUACUUUACAAUAAACGCUUGUUUAAGCUUUAUAACACUCGUUAUCUUCGUUAAACAUCAUCCGGUCGAAACAUGGGAUACUGAAACAACCAUUCAAGUAGCAGCAAUGUCUCUAGCAUUGAUGCUUGAAUUAUUAAUCCGUCUGUACUUGACACCUCCGCUUUUGCGUCUAAUUGACGAGAAAAAAGGAAUCGAACAGGCUGCAGGAGUCGGAAAGGAGACUGGUUGUCAGAAGAUCGGUGCCUUGAAAGACUGUCCCCACUACAUGGAGAUCCAUCGCUCCUUCCGCAAGACCCACGGGUGCAUCGCGAUGGGCAACGUCAUCACUAUGGGAUGCACUAUUAUGCAUCUUUUCUACAUAUCCAAUAAACUUUGUGUUUUAAUAUAA